UCUUAUAGAGGGACAGCUGUAGCAUCACAGCUUAAACUGCACACCAGCAGACCAAUAUAUCCGUGUUGGUACUUGUGGAAUUCAUUCAACAUUUUCUUUCUUUAAUCACUUUUUAUUAUUAUUUUUUUUAAUUUUUUUUAGGAAAUUCACAGCGCGCAUCUGCCCGCUGAUGCGUAAAGAUCUGUGCGUAAAUAAUCGCCACUGCUCUGUCAUAGAAUGUCAGAGAGGAUUUAUUUCGACUUGAAACCCCAAUCAAGAGCUUCAUUACAUGACCGAGUGAUUGACAUGGAGAGGAUUUGAUGGAGGUGGUUUGGUGACAGGGGCUUUUUAUAUAUUUUUUUCUUCCGGACUUUCAGUUUGGAUUGGCACCGCAGCGCCUUUUAAACCUUUUGGACUUUUUUUUAAUAUUUCAGUAGAGAGGAGAGUGGAUCCUGUAUCUGCACGGGACCCUGACAGUUCGGGAUCUCUUGAUUGUCACGGCUAUCACCUUCUAUGUGUCACAAGAGGGGGAUUAAACUGAGCUGAAAUCACCCAUCAGGAAGAACUUUAUUUCCGAGAGCUUCCAGCAGCGAAUCAGUGGAGUAUUCAUGAAGCAAUAUUUGAACUAUUACAAGAUGAGGCUGAGAACAUCGAGGUUAGGUUAUCUGUUACUUCAGUUCACGGCGCUUUGCUUUUACGCACAGAACACUGUGCAGUCCCCUCCUAACUUCAAGCACCAUGUCACCGAGCAGAGCCGGCUGUCGGACCGGAUGAGCCGCAGGUUGACACGAACCUACCAGCUGUACAGCCGCACCAGCGGGAAACACGUCCAGGUCCUGGCCAACAAGAGGGUCAACGCCAACGGAGACGACGGAGCGGUUCACGCUAAACUGGAGGUGGAGACGGACUCUUUUGGAAGUCGUAUUCGCAUUAAAGGGGUGAAGACAGGAUACUACAUAUGUAUGAACAAGAGGGGGAAGCUGAUCGGCAAGCGGAAAGGACGAGGCAAAGACUGCAUCUUCACCGAGAUUGUUCUGGAAAACAACUACACGGCGCUGCAGAACGCCAAGUACGAGGGCUGGUACAUGGCUUUCACACGCAAGGGCCGUCCGAGGAAGGCCUCCAAGACCAAGCAGCACCAGAGGGAGGCCCACUUCAUGAAGCGUCUACCCAGGGGGCACUUGCUGGGCGAAAGGAGACCGUUUGAUGUCCUUCCUCUCCGUGUCCCCGCACACCCUUUGAGCAAGCGGACUAAACAUUCCCAUCACCAGCGCCCAGGGGGCCGCUGAGGACUGAAACCACUGAGGGAGAACUGUGGACGAACCAACACAGAGAAACCACUACAAGGGAAAACAAGUGCUCUCAGAGAAAUUAACUUUUACAGUCAAGUGCCCAUACACUUUUUGCCUCAUUUUGUGACCUUUGUGUAAUUCUUUG